AGACGCGGAGGCGUGUACGCUGCUAGCCAAUAGGAGCGCAGAUCCCGGCACAUGUUUACAGCGCGCGCUCCGCCGGUAGAGGCUGCAGGCUCGGGGAAGGAAGACCGGUACGGAACGGAGUUGCACUUGAUUCAUUCCGGAUUUAGGCGACAGGCAUCUGGGCUACUGCUCGGUGUCUUGGUGAAAUCGUUUUAUUCAGGGGUCCUAACUCGGUUCUUUAUAUAUAAUCAGUUUCCGGGUUUGCGUUGUUGAAUUUCUACGAGGUGUUCCGUCCGAGGCGCGCGCGCCGUGCCGUGUUUUGUGCACGCCUCCGCGAGGAAAACAAACAACCCGACUGAAAAAAAGGUCCUCGCCGGUCGGACAGCAAGAGAUCCGUGUGUCCGACCUACAUGUAGCAUGAUAUCUAAGCUUUGUUUAGGCGAUUAAAUAUGCAUUUUUUUGACAUCCUGAUUAAACGGUGGAACGCGCGCGACUGAGCCUGAAAUGUCUGAAAAUGCAUUAUCGGGCUUGUUACGCAUUUGCAGAGCUCGCGCCGUUACAGGUCUGUCAUUUUGAUUUCGACGUUUUUCAUUUGUAAAGGACGGGGUUUUGUUUUGUUUUGUUUUUUGUUUGGAGAUUUUAGAAAUCCGUGUUCGAUCGAGUCAUGCACGCCCGGCGCCUGGUGAAGCGCUCACUGAUCGGUAGCCGCGUGUACGCGCCCGGCUCGGGAGCGGCGGCGGGGGAGGCGGGAGAGCGCGAGAACAGAGACGCACCGGUACCGAGCGGACACCCAGAGGAAGAAGCUGUCAAAGGAGCAAGGAAGCCGAGCUUGAAGAGUUUGUGCAACGGCGGGCAGCGUGACGUGCCAGCACAGGGUCAGAACGGUGGCACACAGAAAAGCGAGAAUACAAACGGGGUGGAGGAGCUGCGGGCGCCGGAGCACAGACGAGCAGGCCGGACGCUAGACAUGGAGAAGGACAACACGCGGUCUGUGUCGCUGCUCGAGCAGAAACGCAAAGUCGUCUCGUCCAGCAUUGACGUACCACAUGCCAGGAAAUCAGACGAGGAGGUAGACAUGGACAAAGUGACUGCAGCCAUGGUGCUAACCAGUCUGUCCACAAGUCCACUAGUGCGGAGUCCUCCAGUUAAAGUUAUCGAGGGUCUGAAUGGAUCAUGGAAGGAUGGAGGCUUCACUCCGUCCAGUUACAGCAGCAGUGGCUUCUGGAGCUGGAGUGCUCCCAGUGAUCAGUCCAACCCCUCCACUCCGUCUCCACCACUCUCAGCCGACAGUUUCAGACCGUUCCGUAUGUCCAGCCUCAGCGGGCCGCCGGAUGACACUCUGGACGAGCAGGACACCAGCAGUCUUCUGUUUGAUGAGCCCAUUCCCCGCAAACGCAAGAACUCCAUGAAGGUGAUGUUCAAGUGUCUGUGGAAGAACUGCGGCAAGGUGCUGAGUACUGCAGCGGGGAUCCAGAGACACAUCCGCACCGUACACCUCGGGCGGAACUGCGACUCGGAGUGCAGUGAUGGAGAGGAGGAUUUCUAUUACACUGAGAUUAAGCUGAAUACGGACUCGGUGGCUGACGGGCUGAGCAGUCUGUCACCUGCGUCUCCGUCUGUUCUGUCUCCUCCACCUGCCACCGAGCACAGACGAGCCGAAACCUCCUGCAGUGCCAGCGGAGCCAAGACCGAGAGCAGCAGCUCCACCCCUCUCAGUCGCUCCGCCCCCAGUGCCCUCUACCUGGUACACACUGACCAUGCCUAUCAGGCCACGGCUCCAGUCUCCAUCCCCUCUACCAGCUCAGCUCGCUUCACUCCCUCCAGCAGCAACAGCUUCAGCAUCUCCUGGCAGUCCCCACCCGUCACCUUCACUGGAACCCCAGCCUCUCCCACUCAUAAUCAGACACAGGGCUUUAGUGAGCAGCGCUCUCAGACCAUCCCAGUGCUCUCAUCUCUACCCCGAGCCUCAGGCUCACUCAGGAAGUCCCGAGGUGAGGGAAAGAAGUGCCGAAAGGUGUACGGAAUGGAGAACAGAGACAUGUGGUGCACGGCGUGCCGCUGGAAGAAAGCCUGCCAGAGGUUUGUGGACUGAGCUGCCUAGGAAAAAGGGGCGGGGCUUCCUUCACUUGCAAAACUGUUUGUCUGCUGCGGCCUCCUACACCACAAUUCCCACAAUCCUCCACUUCUUGGCCUGGACCCAGGAUCUGAAAGAAAACUCCUUAAACAUUCCCAGUGCGAUUGCCAAAAACUUGGAGAAAGGCGAGUAGUGCUAUAUUGCAAAAACAAAACAAAAAAGCAAAGACUUGUAAUGUUUGAUUUUUUUUUGUUGUUUUUUUAAUGUUUUUUUAAAACGUUUGGCUCUUAAACAUCCGUGUAAAUCAUGGAGGGACCAAACAUCGUAGGUCCAAUCACUGCCUGAUUUUUCUUUUCUUUUUUUUUUCCUAAAAAAAAAAAAUACAAAAAAGGACACUUAGAGUGCUACAAAAUGGAGUACAGACUAAGAUCCUUGUUUUCCAUGAACGCUUUUCCACUUCUGCUUUUCAGCAGGGAUAAACAUUAGCACCAACUGCCAACCACACUCGAGACUGUCCACCCUUCCUCUAGUCGUGGUUGUCUGUGUGUUUAGGGAGGAGCGUGCCCCCUGGUGGAAAUGGAUCGAAAUAUAAUGAAUAAGGAUAAGCCACUGCUUUUCUUCCGUAUACUCACAAGCAAUUACACUCACUAGGGAGGGACAGGUUUUCUAUCUCUGUUUUAUAUAUGUGUCAUUUCUUUCAGGGAUGAUGCGUUCAGCGAAAGUGAAACCAGCAGCUAUGUUUACCCCCCUCCCCCCAAAAAAAGGAUUCUCUGUGCCAUUUCUGUUUUUCGUUUUUGUGCUCCAUUGUGCACGACUGCUACGUUAAUAAACACCCCACACAGCAGAUAACAGCGGUGUAAACCGAGCCACACUCACUCAGAUGAGAUUGCGUCCAACAACUUUGUCCCUCGUUCAUUAACAGCCAGGUCAGCAUUCCCACCUGCAGAGCAUCGUCCAAACACUUUAAGAGAGGCAGUGAGUAAAAGACCUUCCUCUGCACCCAUUUUUUCCUGACCUCACACGUUUUAAUUACGAAGUAAUAAAAAGAUAGAGCACUUACCCCAUCAGCCCCGGGAGCUCAUGCAGUGGGCACAAGCUGGAAGCACUCGAGUGUGUUUUGUUUUUCGUCUGUCGUUGAGUAGAUUGUGUAAUUACGCUGCACAGUGAUCACAUGAGGAGGAAAUGGGAUAUUUCUCCACGCUGCUCCAGGUGAUGAAGCCUGGAUGGUUUCUGUGUCCGUGUCCUUCUGGGGUUCAUCACCGUCGUGACUCCAGCAGUGAUGGACUUUUAUGCAAGAAGAAAACGGCUGCUCAGCGGGCAGCUGUAAGUGCUCUGGCGCUGUUUCUGUCCCUUUCGAUGCAGUAUUGUAUAAACAAGUAUCUAACACACAGCUCAACACCAGCUCGCGUGCAUUCACACACACACACCACAGUUUAGUCUCCUUCAACAGCUCUCUUAUUAAUUUUCCACCUUCCAGAUGUUUAUGUAUGUAGUUCUAAGCUAAAUUUUAAAACACUGAGAAUUGUUUAGCACUUCACGGAAACCGAGAUAUUGUUUACACCUGGUCACUUCAUGCUUCUUGUGUAUCAGGAUGAUACCCGGAUCAGGAUUAUUUACGUAAGGUGUAAAUGCACCUGAGAUGCGUUUUAGACAGAUUUCAGUCUGAUUUCUCAGGACAUCCGAGACAACGCUACUGGAACGGUCAGUAAAUAUUCAACAGGUUCUUUAAAGGCUAGACCAACAUUCCAGAAAGAAAUAUUCCUGCAGUGUUUCUCACACAACGUCCCCAGUGAGACGUUUUAUAGUACGCUACAGUAAGUAAAAACAUUGCUGCAGUGUUGCAGGAAUAUUUAAUUAUAUAGCGUUGCAUUUUCUCAGCACACCUGGAAAAACAGAUUGAACAUUUCUAGAACAUUCAAAAAAACAUUCUGUUCAUGUAAAAUUGUUAGCUGGAGAAGUGUAAAUAAAUCCGUAUCUCCAAGCAACAUUCGACCACCAAAACCUGUCAAUACUCUACACCACAACACACAGGACAUGACUGAAAUUUAGUGGUGUUGAUUUUUAUUCUUUUAGACAGUAUGAUACACAUCUUAAUAGACAGUGUAUAUGAUACAAUACAGUCUUAUCUACUACUGAUGUAAUACGAUUCGGUUCAGCACUUAUAUCAUUCAGUUCAUGUCCAGUCUAAUGUGAUUUAGUUCAGUUACAAUUAACAUGUAUCGAUGGGACCUCUUUUUGUCUUACUCACUCUCACACACACAUGCGUGAACCAGAGAGCGUACAUCUAUUGUUGUGUGCAUUGACUUUCAGCAGUAUUGGUUUUUACAAUUAGAACCAGAUCUAGGCUUGUAAAUCAGCUCAGCUGUGUCAUAGGCUGUUGGGCUCAUAUUCCAAUUUACACCCCUACUGAAGCUGCCACUUUUAAUGAAAUUUAAAAUGCAGUGUCAGGAAUGAGGAAUAGAACAGGAUGUUGAAGGUGUUUAAUGAGCUGAAUGUGGCUGUUCUACACAAAAUAGUGAUCAGAUCUCAAACCAGAUAACCUUUCAAUUACGAAUGUGAAUGCAUGUGAUUAAAAUCUUCUCAGGAUACGAUCCAGAUACAAGAAACAUAAAAAAAAUGACCAGGUGUGAAUGUGGAUGAAGAUGUGAGAAGUCUGAGAGAAUGUUACAUUUUCUUUCCAAAUCCUUGUGCUCCAUUUUUUUUUGUGAUGUUUCAACAGAGUACACAGUACUUUAAGGUGAAAGAAACUGCCAUUAUAUGUUCUGUGAAGGUAAAGUCUAUUAAAGAAAAUGUAGAAACUCUACAAUUUAUGUUCAUAUUCAGUCUUUAAAUGGCUUUUUUUUCCAUCUUCUUUUUUUUUUUUUUUUUUGUAUAUAUUUCUGAAUACAGAAAUAUUGUUUAAGUAUAUCCUCCUGAGCCUUGAGGUUAUUCUCAGCAAUGUUAAAUUCAUCCAACACUUUUAAAGGCAGUGAUACUUCAGCUGAAUGCCGGAAUCAUUACAGCUGGUUAAGACUUAUAAGUAGAGCUGGGCGAUAAUAGAAAAUAGAUAUUUUUACAAACAUGUUUAAUUGGCAUUAUCUACAAAAAAAUUAUAUUUAUAUUAUUGACAUUGCAGCUGAAUUUCUGAUUUUCAACAUAGGCCGUGUUCAAAAUGGCAUACUUGUAUACUAUACCUGCAAUACUAUACGCUAUACUACAUACUUCACCAAUCAGCCAUAACAUUAAAACCGCUGACAGGUGAAGGGAAUAACAUUGAUUAUCUCAUUACAGUGUCACCUGUCAAGGGGUGGGAUAUAUGAGGCAGCAAGUGAAUAGUCAGUUCUUGAAGUUGACUUGUUGGAAGCAGGAAAAAUUGGCAAGCGUAAGGAUCUGAGUGAUUUUGACAAGGGUCAAAUUGUGACAGCUAGACUACUGGGUCAGAGAAUCUCCAAAAUGGCAGGUCUUGUGGGGUGUUAUGUAGUGGUUAGUACCUACCAAAAGUGCUCCAAGGAAGGACAAAACCGGUGAACUGGUGACUGGGUUAUUGGCGCCCAAGGCUCAUUGAUGCACAUGGGGAGCGAAGGCUUGGGCUCCAAAUUCCCCGGAUCUCAAUCCGAUCUAGCAUCUAUUAGAUGUGCUGGACAACCGAUUCCAAUCCAUGGAGGCCCCGCUUCAAACUUACAGGACUGCUGCUAAUGUCUUGGUGUCUGAUACCACAGCACACCUUCAGAGAUCUUGUGGAGUCCAUGUCUCUACGGGUCUGAGCUGUUUUGGUGGCACAAGGGGGACCUACACAAUAUUAGGCAGGUGGUUUUAAUAUCAUGGCUGAUCGGUGUUUCUCGUAGUUAGUUGUAUUCAGUAUGUAAGAAUUUCCAUCUGAUAUACCAAACAUUCAGUCAUACUCGUGUGAAUGCAGUUUCCUCAGAUGGCUUUAUUUUUUAUUGUAUUUCACUUUUUUGAGUUCAAUUUUGGUGCUUCAAGCCAAAAACAAGCUUCUAAUGUAGAAAAACGGGUUCAGUUGUUUUGGUUUUUUUUUAGCAGGAGAGUGAAUGGUAGAGUAAUGGUUAACUAGCGUAUGCAGCUAUUUUUCAAAAUAAAGAGAACAUGAGCUGCUUGUGCAGUUUGAUUGUAUGCAGCAAGCGUUGAUGUGUCAUAAGUGUCAUUGUCAUAAGUCUCAUUAUACCUGUUCACUACCAAGACAAUUUUUUUUGUUUUGUUUUUUCUUGCUCACCCCCUGAUCUACGAUCUCGUUGAUCAGGAGGUCAAAAACAAAAGCGCUUGACGUCACUCUGUGCUCUUCUGAAAAGCUGAACUUUUUCAACUUUGGAAGCUGCGUUAUGACAAAAAAAAAAAAGAGAAAAGCUGAUGGCAGCUCUUUUUAAAAGUACUGACCGCCUUGCAUCUGCUUCCCACAAGAAUGAAGCUGCCUUAUAAUUUUCAUUCAUCUGCAGUUUUUAAAAUUCAAUAUGUUUAAUGUAACAUGGAAAUCAACACCAGGACAAAUUCGUCCUGUCUAAAACCAACUCAGAGGACAAAAAUAUAUAUGUAAACUUGUUUGUUUUUUUUUUUUAAAUAAUAAUUUACGUCAUAUUAUUGAGAUGAUUUGAAUGUUCAUCAUAUCGCCCAGCUAUACUUAGAAGUUUCAAAUGCCUGUGAUUUUAUUUCGUUGAAAUGUGUAUGAGAAUGUGAGUCACUUUAAGAAGAAAAGCAGCUGAUGUAUGUCGAUACCUUGGGUGGUCCAAGCUACAUCCUAGACCUUAGAAGCUACAGCGUGUCUAAACGCCUUACUGGCUUUCUGUUAUCUUAAAGUGUUAUUGUAAGGGGCAGACUGGCUCGCGCUGUUGUUUACACACAGAAAAAAAAUUGAAACUGUUUCCAUCAUGAUUACUAUGAAGUAAUGAGGUGCUUCUUUGUCCUGUGUAUAAAGACUAAUCCCUGGAUAUUACGACACUUAUGGGUGAUUUCCUCACAAAAAAAAAAAAACCUAAGCAUUGCAAUAUAAAGUGAUGUUCCACGCUGCCCUAACAUCAUGGUGCUUGUGCACGUUUCAGCUGCCACAGGUUGCAUCACAGCUCAGUCCCUGGGUUCAUUAGGGAUGCUCAUUUACUUACAUGCAAUCCCGAUUGCAUAGUAGAACAAUCGAGUAAAAUCAUGAAGCCACAUCGCUGCUCUUUUCCUCUUUACUUCCUGUUGUUCUAUACUAUACCUUUAUUUCUUAACCAGUAGCUACAGUAUUCAUGUAUAGCUACACAUUAAGCGGCCGUGUUUAGGACUCGUGUAGUCCACACAGACAGCUCCUGUUGUACAGUAAAAAACCUGCAUUGUCUAAACAGCAGAUAAACUUCUCGUCUCAAUCAUCAAGCUUUCCUGAUUCCCUGUAACAGUAUAAUACAGUAUAAUAUCCAAGAUAUAACCAAUCACAAUAUGACUGUUUAUUUAACCUGACUAUGUGACUACAUUGCUGUAUGGAUGUGAAUUUUAACCCAGUUCAAAUACAGUUAGAUUGUCAGCUCGGCUGUUUGCAAAGGUCAAGUCUUGUCAUCGUAUUUUGCCUUCAGGAAUGCUCCGGUUUCUGCCAUACAUAGAGGAUAAAGUGUGCAUGUGUGCAGAUCAUUCAGACACUAGUCAAAGCUUUGCUGUGAGAAAGCUGAUGGGCUUGAGCUUUUUAGAUCGCCUCAGCAACAUUUGUUACUCUUUAAAUUAGGGAUAAAGUUGUUGUUGUUUUUUGUUUGUUUUCAAGAAUGAGUACAUGCUUUUUCAGUACCUGUCAAUACCGAUACUGAUGCUGAAAUCAGUGGGGUACUUAGUUUUAAGUCGUUUUAAUCAGGUUAUUCGCUGAACAUUUUUAGCUCUGGUUAUGUUGGUUGCUGCCGUGUAUUGCAAGAAAAGGGUGUUUUCUGACCUGUAGAUCUGUAGUUCUGACCCUUUGUUCCAAAACAGGGACUUAAAAUUGUUAGUGUUGUAUUUUGUCCUUGGCUUAGUUCGCUUAUGUGUCUAUUCAAGUCACAUGUGAGUAAACUGUCCUCUCAUUGGUCAGGGUGCACCUAUUUAUGUUCUGGGGUUCUGCCCAUAACGGUCAUCCAUCAAGAUGGAUAAACAGCAGCCCCGUGAGCUUACCGUGGCUGUCUGUGUAACUGUAGUUAUUAUAAUUUUUCAGUUUGAGCGGGGGAAAAAAGCCCAUCUCCUUGAGACCCUCGCUAAACACCUUGUAAACCGCAGUGUUUUUAUCCAUUUUUGAAAGUUGUUCAAAUAUGUGUUUGUCAGAUCAAAUUUAAUCUUUGGUUAAUGUUAAAGUUAAACUGAGAUUCAUGUUGCGAGCCAUUAGCAAAAACAUCCUUUUUACGUAACAUAGUUCCCAUCAUGCAUUGCUGCACAGGUUGGUUGUUGGUCUGAUGGGUCGGAUUGCUUUCUCAAGCGAACCACUCCAGAUGUCAUUUGCAAUUGUUUUUUUUCUGCGGAUCCGAGCGCGAUUGCUGUGUUCAUGUCUCAAUGAACCAAACCACGGGAGAAAACGCUCCAGGUUCUGAAACAACCAUUCCACAUGAGCCAGGUUUGAAAAUGCCGUUGGAUGUUAUAGUGUUUAAACAUUAUGAGGCGGUCGAGACGAGCAUGCAGAUCAGUAUCAGCAAGCGUGGUCCAUACAAAUAAUCAUUAUAGAGCACAGUGUAACAGAAGUGCAUGUGUCUCAGUACUCGCAGAAUUGAAGUGCUCUCACAUGCGACAGUUUCUCUGUGCACUUGCUUCACUGUGCCACUUUCGCAAAUAUCUUUGUUCUCUAUACCAUCGCUCUCUACUAAACAUACUUAUUCACUAUAGGAUAAUUUAUCAGGUUAUGAUCAUGAGUAAAUGAGUGCUGUGCCGGACCAAUACCACUACAGUAUGUGUAUCGAUGCAUUCCUACUUUAAAUAAGAGUGUGUGUUACGAUUGGAGAUGAAACUGUGGUGUUGAGUGAAAAAGUUGUCUUAGAAAUGAAGGCCAAGCCAUGAGUCAAGCGUUAGAAAUGAGCUGCAUCAUACUGGCUUUGUGAAAAAAUAAUAAAACGAUUUGUUGUGGUUGUUUUGAGUCAUAGCUGUGAUGGUAGUGCCUUUCAAAAAGGCAGAAUAGGACUUGGGAUACGAGUUCUGCAAUGCACUCAACCAACAAACCGGUCUCCGGGUCCCUUUGACGCUCAGUGUUGGGGGGACUGAGUGUUUCGUUGCUGUGCUGUGGAGCAGACGUACGUCUCUGCUUUCAGGAAUGUAGUGUUUAGGGACACACUGGAGCCUGACUGUGCCUUGGUGAGGUGUGGUGUGUGUGUGUGUGUGCAUAUGUGUGUGUGUGUGUGUGUGUGCGUGGACCUGUAUAGAAAGCAAAAGGAAUGUAUCUAGUGUCGGUUUAUCGGAGUUCUCUGUUUUUGUACAAUUAAGAGCCCUUUUUGCAUUUCUUUCAUUUUCUAGUGGAAGUGUUUUGCUAAGAAGUGUCUUUUUUUUCCUUCCUGACUGUAUUUUGUAAUCGACUUUCAACUUCAGUACUGUAGAACUUUUGUUCUUGUUGGGUUUUUAAAUCUGGUUUCCAAAACAUGGAUGGUUCAGUUGGUUUGUUAUGUCUACGUUUUGGGUACCCAAGAGCCUUUUUUCCUAUACAAUGCUACAUCAGUGAGAUCAUUCAUUGUAGUCAGAAACACAAGCCUUACAGAAAACGGUACAGCCAUGCACGUGUUCUAUUGUGCUAUAUAGGCAACACCAUUUGGUGGAAAUAUUCUAGAAAUGGCAUCCCAAUUAAAUUCAAAGACUAAUUUGUGGAUCUCAAGUCAAUACAUUUGUUUAGAUUAAUGAAAAAAAAACACUUACUUGGGAUAAAAUUGUCUGCCUGAUGUCCCAGGAAGUUAAGGAUAUUUGACGAUCUACAAUGUAUUGCUGAAAUUUUCCUGCAUUAUGACCCCAAAUGCUAAUGGUGCAUGCAAACUGUAGGCUCGGUGCUCUGUAAUGAAUUAUGUCACUGUUCUUGUUAAUCAAAGACCAUGUUAACCUCAAGAGCUCAAAAGCUGUCGCACUGGAUUUUUACACUUUUUAAACCUAUACUCUGACUGUAUUUUUAAUACUGCAUGUGCAUGCUUAAAAAAAAAAAGAAGAAGAAGAAGAUGAAGAAGACCGAAAUAUGAUCUCAAUUUAUAAAUGUGUAUACCGUGUUUUGUCUCUUAAAGUCAGAGGGCAGGCAGGCUGCAAUGCAUUAUGAGGUAAUUGAAAGGAAUCUUGAACAAUGUGGCUAGAAAGGAUUUUCAGUGUUCAGCGUGGUUUUCUUUCUGGCUUCUAAGUCAUGGUUGUUCUAUAGUCUCAUCUAAAAGUACGCUGGCCUCUUGGACUCUUGUACCAGUGUGGAACGAGCUCUGAUUGGCUGAAGUACCAGAUACUUCAUGUGCUACAUUCUUCAGAUCUGGGAAGAAAGCCAGAAUUCCCUGGGAUAUUUUUUACGCCUGCUCUAUAUUUAGAAGGCGACACGAAUUGGGGGGAUUUUAUGGCACAGGGAGGCAGACAGGAAUGUGGCAGUAAACAAAUAGUCUGGCUGCCAUGAAAGCCUGCAGAUGCGAGUGAUAAAAGAAGAGAGUGGAGAGAAAGUACAUCACUGCACCUCACUCCUGUAGAUCAAACACAAGACAACGCUUUAAUAGCAACUGCCUGCUCUUGCUCAGUAGCCAGUCCACAGUGUUUUAUUUUUUAUUUUCUGUUCUUGCUGUCUCUUUUUGAUAAAGUAUAUUAAAUGGACUGGAGAGGUUCAUAUGAAGUGCACACAGGGGUAUACUGAGUAUACAACAAACAUAGAUGAAUUAAGGAUGUUUUGUCAUUAGUACAUGCCAGGUAGAGUUGUUGCAAUAGAAUUUUAAAGCCAUAGAAGAUGGACAAAGUUACGAAUUACAUACCGACUUCCCGAACUGCUAAUGUGUCAGUCUAAUCACACAGAUCGCAUACAUAAUCAUGUUUUGUUUUCAUUUGGACAAAUGUACUGGUGGGGUAUAUAUUUCAUAGGGCAUCACUGGACAUCAUAUAUGUGGGUCAUUUCUCCAAGAAGAUUUCUUUCAGCCUACAAUGAAAAAUGUUGAUUCUCCAACACUGUCAACUCGAUACAGUCUUUCAGUGGUUUGGAAAUUGAAGCUUAAGCUUGUAUUGCAGUUAUCGCCUGGGCUCGAUUAUAAAAUUCACAAUCAGACCCAAGUCGGAACAAAAUCUCAUGAGAAAUUCAAGCAUUGUGCACACAUGCAAACCCCACUCCCAACUGUGAGCUGAAAUAUUCAGAAUGAGCCCAGUAUUCACAGUUAAAUAUUCAGAAUGAGCCCAGUAUUCACAGUUAUAUAUUCAGAAUGAGCCCAGUAUUCAGUUAUAUAUUCAGAAUGAGCCCAGUAUUCACAGUUAAAUAUUCGGAAUGACCCCAGUAUUUCACACCUGGUUAACAAACAUGGUUUCCUUGCUGCCAAAGAAGAGUGGAAGAAGCUUCUCACUUCUCGUUUCAGUCUAUAUAAAAUGAUUCCUCUCAUACGUAUUUUAAUUCAUUUUUAUGCCCAGUUAUUAUUCUUACCAAUUGUUUGUUAACGUUAAUUAUUAAUAUGGAUCUUAAUCAGUAUCAUUUAUUAGUUUGAUUAUUAGUGGUUCUUAUUAUCAUCUGAUUUUUUUUUGGAAUUACUUUUUGAGAGGUGGAGCAUUUAUAUUGUAUGGUUAUGUCACAUGCUCCAACUGCAGUUUUAAAAAAAAAAAAAACCUCUACCUUGGAAGACUAGAAGCCUCUUCUCUCUUGAUUCUUCUGAGAGUUUUCAGAGAACUGGUACAUCCUUAAAGAUGGCAGGCUUUGGUUGAUUUGAUUUCCGUGCUAUGGACUGAAGUAUGUCAGAUCAAGGAAUCAAAAAAAACAUCAUUAGGGCAGGGAGUCUCAAAAAUCUUUACCUGUAAAAUAAUUUCCUCUAAUAACCCCCCAAUUCAGAUUUAUUUCAUGAAUAUAAUCCAACUAGUCCAGUAUUAAGCUCAUUAUUGAAAUGUGUACAAUAACAUUCUGGUUGUUUAUUGGGGCCAAGGGAUUUUUUUUUCCACUGACAAAACAAAUUAACAUUAUUUGUAGGUUGCCUUGUUUUUGUCUUAUUGAGGUUUGGAAUAUACUCACUGAAUUCAAAUGACCAGUUAAAUAACUGUCAGAAAUCAAUAACAGAUGUAAUAUAAUAACUUUUCAUAAUAAAAUCAUAGGACUUUGGACCCUUGGGUGACCCCAGAUCCCAGUUUAAGAACUGCUGAAUUUGAGUUUUGGGUUGCACCCUAUAAUUCCCCUAACUCUAAUAUAUGUUUUGGCAACAUCUGACAAUUACGCUAAGCUAAAAGCGUGCUAUUGCCUUUUUUAUGCUGCAUCUCCAGGCAAAGUUAACUACAGGAAUGCCUUAUCAACAUGCAGAGACACAAACUGGCCAUUUUGAAUGCCUGUGAGUGAUGGGUCCUGUGAUGUCUACCAUAUAAAAGCCUUUUCUUUAUUAUCAAUUAUAGUACAUAGAGUAUGUGCUCUGGAAUAAUAAUGUCACUUUUCUUGUUAAAUACUGCCAGGAAGUGAGAGCAGCUUGGGAAAUCUUGAUUUUCUUACGAUCACUGCGCCACCUUCCUCUAAUAACUCUUCAUACACAUACCAUACAUCAUGUCAUAUGAGUUACAAGUUGACAUUCACACACAUGCUUCUGGGGUCCCUGAGGAAUCCUACAGAAAGCCUGUCUCAUUUCCUUCGGUGUAAUUUUCUCUCAACUCCGCCGUCUCUUUGCUUUCAUAAUGAGCAGACAAGAGUUGCUAAGGUUCAGAGGUUUUGCUUAAUUGAUGACGAUAAUUGCUACUAAAAGCUAGCAGCGACAGAUGUUUGCGUAAACCAAACUGUUUACUGCUGUUCUUUAGUUUAAUCCAGACAAAUUCCUUGUCGCACUACGUAACUUUUCCCCUUCUAUAUUCUACUCAAUUAUGCAAUGUUAUGUUUUCAGCGCACACAGCCGCAUGGCUAGACCUAAACCAAUAAUAAUUAUUAAGUUCAUCUUAUUAUGCAACUUAAACCGCAGACUAAUCCAGAGGCACAGUGGAUUAAGUGAUGAAAGAGUUGACAGUGUAAGAGAUGCUUAUUUCGUGAUCGGGGAUGAUUACGGUUACCGCAAUAUCUUUUGCAAAUGAAAGCACUUGCUAUUAUGUGUACAAUGUCUCAGUGUUUUAUUGUAUUGCAGCGGUUCCCAAACUGAGCCAAGGAUCCCUGGGCUUAUACAGGGCACAGACAAGAGACAGGGCUAUACACCACAAAGAGAAACUGGUGUUAAAAUGUUUUUUUUUAAUUAAAUUAAAAAAUGAUUUUCAGUCAUUGGUUCAUAAAACGAUCCUGGCCUAUAGCUACUCUAAACUGACCUCUAUUCUCUUACAUCGUGUCAUUUUCUUGCCUCGUAAAAGGGGUCCUCGGUGUUAAAUGUUUGGGAAGCCCUGUCUUAUUGCACCUUUUUUUUUCCUCUUCUCGUUCUCUUUAAAAAGAGGACACUUAUAGACUGUUAUCUUCUCACUCACGGGCUGUGCUGGUUUUUAUUCGAAGCCGUGUGUACAUAGAGACUUUGUAAAUCGUGCUACAGUGACAAUGUCCUGGUGCUCGUCAGUGCCGCUGUUGAUGUUUCCUUUGGUGUAAGUAUGACGUUUCAGAGACAUUCUGAUUUAUUGGUCACAAAAUAAUAAAGAAAUGACUUUUUGGCAGCUGUUUACUACA